AUGCAGCCGGAGGCAGAGGACGUUGAGUGGUUGCUAGGCCCCGGGGCGACCCUGCGGCGCCUGGCAGGACUGUGGCGGCAGCAGCAGGACUACUCUGGCCUCCUACGGGCAGCUCUCACCCUGACCGCCGUCGCCCUGCUGCCGGCUUUCGUCGCCCUCAAGCUCACCAUGGACCCUCCUGACGAACUGGAAGAACUCGCAAUGUGUGGCUUUGUUGCCUUUAUCACCAGCGGAAUGUUGGUGAAGGCUGCGCUCUUCGUCCAUGGGGGACGCGCCCUGCGCCAGCUGGUGCAGCUGCUGUACUGGACCAGGGGACGCUACGGCAGUGGAAGAAGCGGCGACGCUACCAGGAGCCGCUAUCGGAAGCUGUCGGACCGCGUUUACUUCUACUUGCAGGCAGCAGUUGUGCCGGCCAUCAUAGGCUGGGUGGGUUCUCCACUGCUGUCCCACAGCGUGCUCCGGGGCGCAGAGGGCUCCAGCGACGCACGUCGGCAGCUGCCCGCGCCUGCGUGGCUACCUCUGGACAUCCAAGUGUCACCCACAUAUGAACUGCUGUACGCGAUGCUAUCAUUCUGCCUUCUGAUAGCUUCCGAGACUUCGGUCAGCGUCGACAGUUUCUUCAUUCACCUCAUGCUGAUGAUUUCUGCAGAAAUAGAGGUCUUAAGUCACAAUGUGUCAGCCAUGCAGAGAAUUCGUACGAAGAUUCCACAAUACAAGGCUGAGGAUUGGUGUUCCAGUGUACAAAUAAACAAUGAAACGCUGAAAUUUUCUCGCAGCCAGCAUUCCUUAAAUACUACGCUGAUAACAAAAGAUUUUUCAGAUGAGGAGAUAUAUUUCCAGCUCGUGAACAACGUUCGACAUCAUCAAGCGAUAUUUAGACUAGUUGCUGUUUUGCAGUCGUCAAUGACUGUGUCAAUAUUUGUACUGCUCUUCGUCAACAUGGCUAAUUUGUGUUCCAGUAUGUUUGUCACUGCAGUGUUGUUGCAGAGAGACAAGAACGUAACAAAAGCACUGAAGGCGCUGUUGGCAAUACCUCCGGUCCUAUACCAAACGGGAUUGUACUGCAUUUUCGGAAACAUUAUAACAGAUCAGGUAAGUGACCAUGAGCUUCUCAGAGUCUCCUGCCACACCUUAAUAGACCUGACGCCACCAGCAGUCGACCAGUGGUAUGUUCGCUCUGAAGAUGGUCCAUGCGAUGGGCUCAAACAGAGUGAGAAGCUCGUUAACUGUGCUUUCAACUGUGGCUGGGCAGACUGUGACAUCCGCUUCAAGCGUAACCUGCUCAUCUUCAUGAUGCGAGCUAUGCAGCCGAUGGAGGUCACUGUCGGGAAGACCUGUAAACUGUCCAAGCAGAUGCUAUUGCAGGUGCUGAAUGGGACGUACGCAUUACUGAACAUGCUUUACAACUUCCACGGCAGUGGUUGA